CGCACGGAAACUAGUUAAACGACUUUGCGAAACGGGGAACGCUCGAACCGACCGGCCGCCUUAUUUUUCGUCUAGGAAGGCGUUGGCGAACGCCAGCGGUGUUGAAACUAAGCUCAUUUCCGAUUUGUAUUCCGUGGCGGUUGUUUGUGUUCUUAUGAGCGGAAAUUUUCGUUAAGUUAAGUUACAAUUUUUGAACGCGUCAGUUUUAAUCGAGAAACGUUUUGAUUUAUAAUUCGCGACAUGCCCGCCGAAAACCUGAAGACUUUCUACUCCGGAAAGAACAUUUUCAUAACCGGCGGCACUGGCUUCGUGGGCGUUUGUCUCCUCGAGAAAAUCCUGAGAUGCAUUCCCGAUCACGGCGACAUUUAUCUUCUCGUGAGGCCCAAGAAAGGGAAGGAGAUAUCGGAGCGACUCGAAGAAAUCAAGAAGAAUUCCGUAUUCGAAAGACUACUUAAAGAACAAACCGUUGAAAAGGCGUUCGCGAAGGUCAAAGCGGUAGCAGGAGACGUCGGCCAGGAUAAUUUGGGCCUAUCCGGCGAAGACGCCAAAUUGCUAACCGAAAAAAUUAACGUCAUUUUCCACUCGGCCGCUACGCUAGAUUUCGGUGAUACCCUGAAAACUACGGUCGUUAUCAACUUGUUGGGAACCCGAAGGGUAACCGAGCUAGCAAAACGGUGUCGAAAUCUGAACGUUUUGAUCCACGUGAGCAGCGCUUACGUCAAUUCUUAUCGAUUAGAGGCAGACGAGGUCAUAUACCCUUUACCGAGGGAUCCGGAAGAGUUGAUCUCGUUGGUGGAGAAAUUAACUCCCGAAGAGCUCGAGGAAAAGACGCCCGAUAUUCUGGGCACCCAUCCCAAUACCUACACGAUUACCAAACACAUGGCCGAACACGAAAUUCAAAAGGUGCAGGCUGAUUUUCCGUGCGCCAUCGUCAGGCCCAGCAUGAUUAUCGGCGCGUGGAAGGAACCCCAGAAAGGCUGGACGGUUAGCAAGAACGGCCCGCAAGGGUUCUUGAUGGGCGCCUCCAAAGGCGUUAUCCGAAGACUACCGGUCGCAAAAGAAUUGGUCUACGAUUAUAUACCGGUCGAUAUUGUGGUCAAUGCUUUGCUCGCGGCAGGAUUCCACGCAGGAGUCACCAAGACCAAAAAUGUCGAAAUAUACCAUUGCACGUCGAGUACCAGGAACCCAUUCAAGUGGCAAACCAUCGAGCACAUCUUAAACGAUUACCUGCACAGAUUUCCGUUGAAAUCGGCCGUUUGGUACCCGCACCUCAAGCUGGUACCUUCCGUGACAUUGUACAAGAUAUCCGCGUUCUUCGUGCACAUCAUACCGGCCAUUUUAUUGGACACCAUCACGCGAGUGACCGGCGGAAGGCCGAUACUGAUGAAGUUGCAUCGCAACGUCAACUCCUCCCUCGACCGCCUGUCCAAGUUCAUUUUCACCGAGUGGAAGUUUAACGCGCUGAACACCAACAAUUUGCAAGACUGGAUGUCGAAGAGCGACCAAGAAGAAUUCAACUUGGACAUUUCCACGCUCGUGUGGAAAGACUACUUUGACGAUCUGACGUUGGGCGCUCGCGUUUACCUCAGCAAGGAUCCAAUCAAAACAUUGGAGGCGGCUAAAAAGAAGGACAAAAUAUUAUUCGCCUGCCACGUGGGUUGGAAAAUCGGCGUAAUUUCAUUAAUUUGGUGGUUGUUUACCGUAGUGACAGGCACCACGAUGCUGAAAGCGUUUUUCGUCGUGCCCGUCAUUGUCAUCCUGCUGAAUAUGCUGUAGCGUCGCUAUCAUUUUCAUGCAGCGUUGUCCAGAAAUUUUACGUUUUCGUUAUACUAAAAUUAACGUAGAUCCAGUUUUGUUGAUAGUUUCAGAGUUUACGGCUCAUUGAAAUUAUAUUUUUUACGUUAUUUUGGGCCAGUAUUGUCGGUGUAGUUUAGGAGUUUGGUUAAAUGGUUAAUCGAAAUUUACGUUUGCGUUUAUUUUAAUGAUAUUCUUUUGUACGUUGUUUUCUCGUAAUAAACACACUCGAAACGAA